CCCGCGACCCCUGAGCAAGUCCCUUGUCUGGCCAGCCCCCGCUGUCCCCGCUGGUCCCGCAGGUUGGUUGCGGGGUGCGCGGGUGGAGGCAGGAUGAGCGGCCUCUGCAGGUUUGAGGGGACCCAAGGUUGGGAAGGGAGCCCGCGCCACCCCCCCCUGAAGAGGCAGCUUUGAGCCGGGAGCCGUCGAGGAUUCUAUACGCAAGGAGCACCUUCGAAGUCAGGGCUGGGCAGGCAGGGGCCGGAAGAGUGGCUACAAUGACGUCGGCAGUCCUGGUGGACAUUCAAGAGGAGGUGACCUGCCCCAUCUGCCUGGAGCUCCUGACGGACCCCCUGAGCAUAGACUGUGGCCACAGCUUCUGCCAAGCCUGCAUCACGCAGAACAGCGAGGAGUGGAGGAUGGGCCAGGGAGGGGAGAGCAGCUGUCCCGUGUGCCAGACCCGCUACCGGCCUGGGAACCUGCGGCCCAAUCGGCACCUGGCCAACAUCGCCGAGAGGCUCCGGGAGGUGGUGUUGGGCUCGGGGACGCAGCUGAAGGUGAUCCUGUGUGCGCACCACGGAGAGAAGCUCCAGCUCUUCUGCAGGGAGGACGGCCAGCUCAUCUGCUGGCUCUGCGAGCGGGCCCAGGAGCACCGUGGCCACCACACGUUCCUCAUGGAGGAGGUGGCCCAGGAGUACCAGGAGAGGUUUCAGGAGUCUCUGAAGAAGCUGAGGCAAGAGCAGCAGGAAGCUGAGAAACUAGCCGCUCUUAUCAGAGAGAAGAGAGCAUCCUGGAAGAAUCAGAUGGAGCCCGAGAGACACAGGAUCCAGAAGCAGUUUGACCAGCUGAGAAGCAUCCUGGACAAAGAGGAGCAACGGCAGCUAAGGAAGCUGGAGGAGGAGGAGAGGAAGGGCCUGAGUGUCAUCGCAGAAGCUGAGGGGGAGCUGGUCCAGCAGAGCCAGUGUCUGAGAGAGCUCAUCUCAGACCUGGAGCGCCGGUGUCAGGGGUCAAUGAUGGAGCUGCUGCAGGAUGUGAGGGAUGUCGCGGAAAGGAGUGAAUUCUGGACCCUGAAGAAGCCAGAAGCUCUCCCCACCAAGCUGAAGAGUGUGUUUCGAGCCCCAGAUCUGAAAAAGAUGCUGCGAGUGUUUAGAGAGCUGACAGAUGUCCAGAGCUACUGGGUGGACGUGACUCUGAAUCCACACACGGCCAAUUUAAAUCUCGUCCUGUCUAAGAACCGGAGGCAGGUGAGGUUUGUGGGCGCCCAGCAGUCCGGGUCGCGCUUGGAUGAGCAUUACGGCUGCGGCGUCCUGGGCUCUCGGCACUUCUCCUCGGGGAAACAUUACUGGGAGGUGGACGUGGCCAAGAAGACUGACUGGAUCCUGGGGGUGUGCAGCGAUGCGAUGGGACCCACGUUCUCCUUCAGCCAGUUUGCCACAGGUCGGAACGUUUACUCCAGAUACCAACCUCAGAGCGGAUACUGGGUGAUUGGAUUACACCGGAAGCACGAAUACAGAGCCUACGAGGACUCGUCUGCCUCGCUGCUGCUCUCCAUGACCGUGCCUCCCCGCCGUGUGGGCGUGUUCCUAGACUACGAGGCCGGCACGGUCUCCUUCUACAAUGUCACCAACCAUGGCUUCCCCAUCUACACCUUCUCCAAAUACUACUUCCCCUCCACUCUUUGUCCGUAUUUUAAUCCUUGCAACUGUGUGGUCCCAAUGACCCUGCGUCGCCCAAGCUCUUGAACAUUCUGCGGUUCUCGCCCGCAUCCCAGCAGUACCCUUCUGCCCUGAGGCUCGUCGGGCAUCAGACUCUCCCCUUGCUUACCUUCUGGUUUCCUGUGUUUUCACUCCCUCCCCUUUGAACAUGUAUUGACUCAGGGCUAGAGUUGAGUAACCCAAUGGCGAUAGUGAACAUCCUUGACAGAUGAAGUCUAGAACUUGAGAUGGGAGAGGGGUAGCUUUCAACCUCUAAGUACCAUUAAGCAUGGUAUUUGAUGGAGGUUUUUCUUUGUUGAUGCAUGAAAUCGAAUUUAGGAAAAUCUCUUCUAUUAAUAUGAUACUACUUUGUCUACUGAAUGGAAAAUUGAAUUUCCACAGAUACUGUCUCUAAUUACCGUGAUAAUCACGUCAUUUUAAUUCUGUUAUUGGAGUACAUUGAUUUAGUUUUUAAAUCUAACACUAAUUUCUGAAAUAAACCACUGUUAUUCUUCAUAUGCAAUGCUGGAUUUGUGUUUGCUAACACGUUGUUUAGGUCUCUGUUUAUGAAAGAAAUUGACCUGCAAUUUUACAUUCUUGUAACAUCAUUGUCAGGUUUUAUAAAAUACGAUAGUGAGCGGAGAACUUGCUAUGUGUUUAUGUAAGUAUGCAUAGGAUUGAGUGUUAAAAACCACUAUGUUAAUUUUGUUGGCUUUAAAUUCAACUUAAAGAGAUUCUAACUUCAAUUUUCACUGCAAACUUCAUGAUUCUUACAAAUCUAAGAUAGUAAUUGAAAAAUUAAAAAAAAAAAUCUUCCAAAUGCAUUGAAGUGAAACAUGGGAGAGGAGGAAAAUAAUGAACCCAGGACAUAUUUUUCUCCCAGAAUGAAAGGAAAAUGUAUAGAGAAAAUAAUCAAUAUACGGCCCUUUCAGGAAGAGAAUGGAUUCUUCCAGCUUCUCCAUACCUCCUUUUCUUUAUGCUCAAACAUGAACAGUUCAUGCUUUGACUUUGGUAGAGAGGUGCUAUGUACUUUUUGAGCCAUUUGUAAGUGAAAAUGAUAAUGAGGUGGCUGUGAGGGUGGAAACAAACAUGAAGAAGUUGACUAGAGCUGGCUGCCCAUUAUGGUAGCCGAGAGCCUGCAGUGGCUAUUGAGUGCUUCACUGUGCCGAGUCUGAAUUGAGGUGCUGUAUGUGUAAAAUAUACGCCAGAAUUUGAAGACUUAGUUCAAAAUGUAUGUAAAAUAUCUUACUAAUAACUUUUAUAGAUCUCUGAUAAUAUGUUGGAUAUGUUGGAUUAAAUAAAAUAUAUAUAUUAACUUUA